GGAAGCUCUCAUAAUCUAAGAUGGCGGCGUUGGUGGCUCAUCGCCUUCCCACGCUUGGGUCAUUUUCACUGAGACCCAUCUCAUCGUUUGCUGCCCAAAAGAAGGCAGUCCUCAAUAACACAAACACUGACGAUGCUAAAAGCAUUGUUCCAGUUCGGGAGAAAAGCACCGCUUUGGCCGCCACAGCACCCAGCAGCAAGGGAGAAUACGUUAUCACUAAACUCGAUGACCUGGUGAAUUGGGCACGCAGAAGUUCUCUAUGGCCCAUGACGUUUGGACUCGCGUGUUGUGCCGUGGAGAUGAUGCACAUGGCGGCGCCGCGAUAUGACAUGGACCGCUUCGGCGUUGUGUUCAGAGCCAGCCCCCGACAGGCUGAUGUCAUGAUCGUGGCCGGAACCCUGACCAAUAAGAUGGCUCCUGCUCUGCGCAAGGUGUAUGAUCAGAUGCCUGAGCCCAGAUAUGUCAUUUCCAUGGGAAGCUGCGCCAACGGCGGAGGCUACUACCACUACUCAUACGCUGUGGUCAGGGGCUGUGACCGGAUUGUUCCAGUGGACAUAUAUGUCCCAGGCUGUCCGCCCACUGCAGAGGCUUUGCUGUACGGAACCCUGCAGCUACAGAAAAAGAUCAAGCGUGAGAAGAAGUUGAGAAUCUGGUAUCGCAAGUGAGCUGGCGUGGCGAUGCGGGUUUUUGAGUUGUGCGUCUGGACUGUUGUAAAUGUGUAUUUAAUGAUGGUCGUUUGUUUUUACGUGGGAGGACAGACGGUCUUUUCUGGAGUCGCUCUGGACUGAGCUCUGCGCUCCUCUUCUUUGUAGUAAUAAUAAAUGACUAUCAGCUACUUCCCCAUGA